AUGUUUUCACGAGUUUUGUUCACCUAUACGCCAUCGCAUGAGGACGAGCUUGCGCUUCGCGAAGUUGGCCAAAUAGUUGCAGUGAUAAGUGAAGUUACUGAAGAUCCUGGUUGGCUGCUAGCUGAAAUUGACGGAAAACGGGGACUAAUCCCGGAUAACUUUGUCGAAAUUUUGAGGCCUACAGUUGCAACUAACGCGAAGCCCGAACUUCCCAAGAUGCCGCCACCGCCAAAUGUGCCAGUAAAACCAGCGAAGCCACCGGGACUUUCCUCAUCUGCAAUUAACCGUCGCGCAACCUCAUCUUCUGUGUUCGCCCAAAUGCACUCAACCCUUGCUGAUGCUUUCACGAAACCACCGAAAGCCUUCAGCAGUAAGAGUGCACGAAACGAAGAAGCUCCGACGGUUGAAGGGCGUCCCGGUGACCGGUUAUCACAUAUUACAACCACUCGUCCAAAGCAACCCAACAAAAGACCUCCCUCUACGAUCUUCAUAAAAAGGAAAUCCACGGAAAGCCCACCGGAUGAUGCGAUGGCAUCAUUACCAGAAGCUGGAGAUGCUCCUCUCCCGACAGCUGCAGCAGCAGCAGCUGUGCCCACUCCUCCUUUAUCGAACAGUUCCGUGCAACAGCAGCCGCUAAUAAUAGCAUCACCAAUAAAAUCGACAGUUAGGCAGCCCGUUUCACCAUUACUGAAAAGUAGCGACAGCGGCGAGUAUGUAUCACGCGCUGAAUAUAAUCGGCUGGCACAACAGCUCGAAGAAUUACGCACCGAAAUAACUAAAUUC